AUGGAAGGCGUAACGUCCUGGACUGAACAUAUAUCAAAGGAUGGCCGGAAGUAUUAUUACAAUUCUCAGACUAAAAAAUCGCAAUGGAUUAAGCCAGAGGAAUUAUUAACCCCUGAAGAACUGGCAAUUGCCAACAGUACUCCAUGGCAAGAGUAUACAACAGCAGAUGGGAGGAAAUAUUGGCAUAACAAAAUUACCAAAAAAAGUGUAUGGGAUAUGCCAAAUGAACUAAAAAUGUUGAAAGAAUUGUUGGCUCAAAAAGCUGCGAUCGAACGGGAAUAUGUAUUCAUGUCGAAGAUUGAAAACAAGGAACAGGCAAAAGAGGAAAUUUUGAAGUAUUUUCAGGAAAGGGGCAUUAGUCACAAGUCAAAUUGGGAUGCCUCUGUUAAAUUGUUUGAAACAGAUCCCAGGUGGGAGUGUUUCUCAAUUCUUACUAGAGGAGAACGUAAACAAUUAUUUAAUGAAUAUAUCAUUCAAUCCCAGAAGAAAGCUCAGGAGGAGGAGAGGAAGAUGAGACAAAGAGCGCGAGAGAUUAUAUUAGACGAAAUCGCAUCGUGGGAGGACCUAGACCCAGCGUCAACUUAUGCUGAAUUUGCAAGACAUUUUCACACGCGUGAUUGGUGGAAUUGGUUAGACGAAAGAGAGAGAGAUAACAUUUUCCAAGACUAUCUACAAAAUAACCAAGAUAAAGCUAAAGACAUGAAAAGAUCCAGGAGAAAACACGCCAUAGCUCACUUCACAGCCAAACUUAGUAGUUACGGCGACGGAAUUCAUAUGGAGGAGUGGAAUGCAGUCAAACCCAUAAUCGAGAAUGAUGAAAUGUUUAAACACAUAGAUAUAGCCCAGGCACUCAGUAUCUGGCAAGAUGAAUCAAGGAGAAGAGAGAAGCUGGAAUUGGACGAGAUCAAUCGCAAGGAAUAUAGGAUAUUCAGGAAAAAUAGGGAUGCCUUUAGGGAAUAUUUAAAGAAAUCUAACGUAAAUUUGGAUACUAAGUGGAGUGAUUUUUUACAAGUGUGUAAGGGGCACCCCGCGUAUCAAAACAUGGUUGGCCAGCCCGGAUCCACCUGUUGGCAAUUAUUCGCAGAUUAUAUAAGUUCCCUACGGAAAGAUCUUAGUGAUGAUAAAAAGUAUGUUUUAAAGAUCAUUGGCGAUAAUAAAUUUAAGAAUGUAGAAUCUCUAGCCAAAUUCGUCAGAGAGAAAAAGGAUAUAUCUUAUGAUAACUUGAACAGAAUAUUUGAUUGGCUGCAGCGAAGGGAUGCUAGCGGUGACACUUCGGAUAUUGAUUCUGAGUCCAGUAACGAAUCAAUGUCCACAUAA